ACCCCUUGAAGAAACAAAAUCUUCGACAUUACGAGAUUAAAUAUUUAGUUUUAUUCGCAAAUGGAAGGAAAAUAAGUUCAUUUACAAUUAAAAAACAAGAAGAAUGGAAUGCAUAGCUUCACAAGUGUAAAAUUAUAAACAUCAUUACUUCAGGACGAAAUAUUCUGGUGAAAAUUAUUUUAUUCUCUAGAGAUUUCAUCUGAAAGAUAAAGUUCAAAGCUCCAAAGCUGGAAAAUUGAUGUUAUCAAAACGCUUGCAGAAAUGGAUAAAGAGAAAAUCGAACAGCAACAACAACAAAGCCAACAACAAAAUGCCGACACCACAUCAUCGAAGAAUGGAAGCGGAGCUGGCGAUGAGUUUCAGGAUGAAUUUUAUACAAGUGGACGAAUUGGACGACGAAAUGCAAUGCCGGAUAUAUUAGGAAAUAAUUGUACAGCGUCAUCGGGAGCAGAUUUGCCACUUAAACUUAGUGCCCUUACAACCAACGAGUCAUCAACAAGUCAGAGUCAACCAAUGAAUGUCAAUGAAACUCCAAAUCAAACAAACAACAAGUAAAUUUCAUGCGUUUAUUAUAGAGCGUUGUGGAACAAAACAAAAAAGGAAAAAUUAAAUGAAAAAGUUUAACUCAUUAAAUAAGAUUAAGAAAAUGAAUUAAUUGAGCGUAGGAGAAUAUUGAAAAGUGAAGCCAAAGAGGCAUUUUUUUGUUCUUUAUUUAACUGCGUGGAAGAUGAAAAAUUUGAUAAAAUUAAGUAUUUAUUUAAUGUUGAUUGAUUAAGUUAAUGUCAUCAUGGCAAAGGUAAGAAUGUCAAAGCUGAUCAAUGAUUUGUAAUUAAAAUCAUCAGGGUCAGAAAAUCCGUCAAUAUUAUCAACAUGUCUGAUAAUUCAGAACUAUCUUCAUGUUGUCAACUCUAACAUAAAAACACAUAAAUUAUGAUAAACUAAUAAGUAUUGUGGAUAAUAAAGUAACAAGAGCUGGAUGAAAAGUGUGAUGAAAACUGCAAACUAAUGAAAUGACAGUGAUUUAAAUUUACUAUAAUUAUUAUUUUGUAGUCUUUGUAAGAUGAUAACUUUAGUAUUGUUUUAUUAUUUUUUUAAUUUAAAUUAAAUUUUAUUACCAAUUUUUAUGUUCAUUAUUUUAAUUUUUCAAUCAUCAUCAUCGAGUGAAAAAGAAAAAUAAAAGUUAAGCAAUUAAAAGAUUCCGCUGUGGUAAUGUCCUAUUGACUCCUGUAAUUAAAAUAGUUUUUCACAUCAGGAGAUAAAUAAAUAAUUAAAUAAUUUAUUUUAUAACAAAAGAAGAGGAAAAGGAAGAAAAGUCUCAUCAUGUACACAAAGAAGCUUUAUUUAUGUAUCUUUAGUUAAAAUUGUUAUUUUUGUUUUCUUUUAAGUUUCAACUUGAACAAUGAAAUAAAAAAAAGAUGAAAAUUAGCUAAGCCAAUUAAAAAUUUAACCAAUGAUUGUGUAAUGAAUUAAGUUUUAUUUUACAUUAUAAAAAGGAAAGAGAGAAAAUAUGUUGAAAUUAUCAUUUAUACAGGGAACCAAUUCAAUUGGCAACUGAUAUAAAUAUUUCUAGCUUCUAGCUAAGUAUAACUUAAACAAGUGUUAAUUAAAUAAUUUAUGAUCGUUCAAUUAAGAACCAAAAACAGCAUACAGAAAAAAUGUCCCAUCGUUUUCCAAAAUAAAAACAUUUAGUUGAGUAAUCAAGAAGCACGCGCGCGUAAGACAAUAAAAGGCUAGUAAAGAGAGCGGCAAAUACUCAUAGAAAAAAGACUUUUGUUUUUAAUUUAAGAAUUGAAUGGCAAGUAGCAACAACGAGAUACAUCAUCGACCUUAUUCACUAACCUUUGAGACUCUUUUAAUUGCUAAUAUUAAAUUAUACAAUUUGCUCAUAGAUAUUUCUCUCAAAUCCUUAAUGAAGAAUUUUUUUCAAUUAUGUAGACAAAAACUCACGCAUACACGCAAUUAUAUAAUUAAUAUAAAUAAAUUAAAUAAACCUACCGACUCAAUUACACACAGGCUCUGGAAAUCUCGAUCAAAAUAUGUGAAAUAUUUAUUUCAUUUCAUAGAUUUGAUGUAUUUGAGCGUUGUCAUAAGUAAAUGAUGAAAAGAAAUCUUAAAAAGUAAAAGAAAAACAUUUAUAAAUGUCAUUUUUUUAUUAACCAUACGAGUACAUAAGUAAUUAAGUACGUAUAUGGAUAAUAUUGCCGUAUAUAAGCACUGUACAUAAGAGAAUGAAUAUUUUUGGAUUAAAGACUAACAUGAAAGUAUGAAUAAAGCAAACAGUUUAAACAUGAAAGCCGUG